ACAGAGAAAGAACAUUGUGAUGUUUCACUUCACCCACUCUGUUGAGUGCGGCCAUGACGCAAAGUCAAGAAGAGAAAAGACUCCCGGCAGGCAGCGUUGGUGGUGAAGUGGAGCAGCAGCGCACCGCGCUCGCUUUAAAACGGGAUUUGGAUUAAAUAGCUUGUGAAAGAGCCGAUGAGCCCGGGAGGAGAGGAAGGAGGGAGGGAGCAGAGAGCUGAUUUUUAUUUCCUACUGGAUCGUGGAGGGGAGGAGGAGGCAUGGGGAACGAGUUAUUCUGGUAACAGCGCAGAGCUUGCUCGACAUCGCGCCUCUGAAGGCUUCCGGCGCAAAGUGAAUCUGUUCGUGCGCCGAGAGGAAGAGAGCCUCGGUCAGUUCCCGGCUGCGAUCCUCGUCGGCUGGACAUGAAAGUGCAGCAGGGCUGCAACUCAUCAGACAUGGGCAUCCCGGUUAGAACCGAAGAGGAGCUGCGCAAGAACACAGUGAUAACACCAGAGGAUGUGCUGGGGCUGCAGAAGAUCACAGAGAAUUACCUUUGUGCUCCAGAGGAAAAUGUCCACAUGAUUGACUUCACCCGGUUUAAAAUCCGUGACAUGGAAACAGGAACCGUCCUGUUUGAGAUCACCAAACCUCCAACACCAGGUGGUUUAAAGCAAUGUGACCCCAACACCGGCCGUUUUGUUCGAUACCAGUUCACUCCAGCUUUCCUCCAACUACGACAAGUUGGAGCCACAGUGGAGUUCACAGUAGGAGACACCCCCAUCAACAACUUCCGUAUGAUCGAGAGACACUACUUCCGCGACAAGCUGCUGAAGAGCUUCGACUUCGAGUUCGGCUUCUGCAUGCCCAGCAGCAAGAACACCUGCGAACACAUUUACGAGUUCCCCACGUUGUCCGAGGAAACCAUGCGCGAGAUGAUCCAGCACCCUUACGAGACACAAUCCGACAGCUUCUACUUUGUGGACAACAAGCUGGUGAUGCACAACAAAGCAGAUUAUUCCUACUGCGGAGGGCCGUAGGAAGACCAUCUCCGCUCCUCUGAUUCAAGACAUUUUCAGGACCAGAAACACAUGAACUGAUGGACAAAUCGCUGGCUUUAGAUGCUCAUUUAUCACCCCUGUUAGCUCUGCACAUUCCCACUCAGGCACUUAGCUGCCUGGACAACGAGCAGCAAAGUCUACCAGUUUGCAUCAGAGUACAUGGAUGGAAGCGUGUGGGCAGCACAAACGGGCCACUGAUUUCAGUCUGCAUAUGUGGGCUCAGCUUCAUCAGGAAAAGAGAGGACUUUUUUUUUUCUUUUCUUGUUUUUAUUUUUUGUGUUAGUUGGUGGCCGGAAAAUAAUCAAAACCCCACUAUGCAAGCCCAAGAAAUAACAUGGAUCAUUUUUAUGGGAUUUUACAAAUUUACUGCAUUUCUAUAAGAUUCAGCAUCAGCAAUAGCACAUGAAAUGGACUGAAGAGAGGGACAAAAAUAAAACAAGCAUUACAGUGAUAGAAUCAGGUUUCAAAAUAUAUUUAAGUUGUUCCAAUCUUUUAAAAGUUAUGAUGUCUGAUGCAACACAAGAUGCUCUCAUAUUUUGUGAAAGAACUUCCUUCUUCCUCCAGGACAGGACCAAUUCUUCUCAUCAACCGGUUUCUGAAUUUAAGUAAAACCUACAGCAGUAAAAAUACAAUCUCUGUUUCAGUUUAAGAGCAUUUUCCCAGUAGUUUUGCAAUAUAAGGAAAAACCCAUUCACAGUGGAAACAAUUGAGUCUGACCAGGAAACGUUUUUAUCAGCCUCCUGAGCAGGAAUAAGCUUUUUCCUUAUUCCUGCUGUAGAUGUUUAGGCUUUAAGACAAACCUUUUUCUCAGUCACCUUCAUAAAGAGUACAAAAGUAUUUACACCUGUUUAAUGCUGUAUGCUGUCACAUUAAAACCACAGACUUUGGUGUAUUUUAUAAGGAAUUUAUGUGGCAGAAAAACACAAAGUAGUGCAAAAUGUCAUGGGUUUAAACAUUUUCUAAUGGAUACAUGUCUUCUACAUGUGCAUGCAUUUAUGUUUAUGUUUGGUCUCAGAUUGACCAGCAUCCAUUUUCUCAUCAUCUCUGCCUAGCGUCCCUGUCCCUGCUAAAGGAAAACACCCCACAGUGGGAUUUUGCCACCGCCAUGUUUCACUGCAAGGUCCGAUUUUCAUUUAUAAAACUAAAAAACAUGAAAAGCAUGCAUGCUUUCCUUCUCAUUUUAAAACAUGCGCUACUUUGCGUCGCUCUGUCGUAUGAAUCCAAAUAAAAGACAAGAAAGUUUUCAGUUGCCGUCCGUCCAUCCAUUAGCUUCCACUUGAUCCGGGUUGGGUCAGAAGCAGACGUUUUGUUCUCCCUUUCCAGCCACUUGGUCCAGCUCCAGGGUGUCCUGUGUCUCCCUCUGCGUCUCCUACUGGUGGACAUGUCCAGAACACGUCAUCACGGAGGCCAGAGACGCCACCUGAACUGAUUUUUCUGAGUGUGGAAGAGCAUCGGCUUCACUGUGGGCCCUGAUCUGCUCACCGCAGCUGUGCGUACGGGGCAGAAACCCUGCAGACAUCACUCAUUACUAAAGUUUUCAACUGUGACAUAAAAAAAUGUGAAAGAUGUGAAUACCUUUGCAAGGCACUUCUCAUGCUCUCUUCAAUAUCAAGCUAAAUUGUAAACCUAGGUUUUUUUUUUUUAUCAUACAACAUCCAUAUAGUUUCUUUGUGUGUGUGGUAAUGGAGGCAUUGAUAUUUUCUGCUGGUGUUUAGAUAAAAUAGAAUGUUUUAUUUGCAACUAUUUAAAAACUUUUUUUUGUUAUAACUGAUUAUAUGUAGGAAAACUACAAUAUACAGAAAGAAAGACACAAAGUUUUAUAGAAUUAAACGCAUAUUUACAGUUUAUAGCUUUAUGGCACUUUUACUCUUAUAGUUACUUAAAAUUGUAUUAGCAGACAUAUCUAAGUGACUCUGUCUUCCGCCUGUGUUUUGUUGCUGUCCAGAUGACUGAGUCCUUUGUCUUUGUGAGAAUUUGAUUCGAUCCAUGUCUUCAGGUUGACUUUGCCGCCACGGCAGGGAUAUUUUUAAGAGCCAGGAAAAAUCCAGUUCCAGUCAGAGGCUAACAUACACUCAUCAAGUUUGGUUUAAGCUCUUCUUUUUCUAGGGCUGAAUCAUUAUACCCAAGGAACUAAAUUCAAUAUAAAAAAAUUUUAAAAAAAACUGGGUGUAUCAAUUUUAAUUUGUCACAGAUUUUCUCUGAAAUAAAGAGUCAUAGUCGUAAAUAAAGGCUGUGUAUGCAUUACCUGAAAAGAUUGAAUAAGUGGUGUUGAAAGCUCUGGAAUGUUUUACUUGACAAAACCGAGGCCUGUUUAUGUAGCGACCAUAUUCGGUUCUGGGUGGUGGGUUUCUCUUUGCUGGUUUAAAAUGGAGUUGUUUGAAAACAAUCUGCAAGUCCAACAAACUCAGUGAGGAUCUAAGAAGGAGGAUGUAGAUUUACAGUGGUGGGGAAAGUUUUUUUUUCUAGACGAAAGGUGAUUGGUUUGGAUGUUUUGCAUUUAUUGUCCACAGAGAGGCACUAGACAGAAAGAAAUGAACACAUUCACACUGAAAGGAGGUAAAGGAAAGAAGAAAAAAAAAAAGAAAAGCUUUGCUGGUUUUAUCUUUUUGGUCGCAAUGACCCAAACCAACAUCAGAAGUUAAGGCUUUCAGGCCUGCUGCACGGUAGCAGCAUCAUGCUGUGGGGCGCCUUUGCAGCUGUGGUACUGAUUCAUAGCAGGAAGUUUCUGUAAUAGUGGAGGGUCUGAUAUCUUCAAGUUUGCCUCUGAUCAGAGGCUGCGUGAUUUAAACUUGGAGACUGGUAGAUGCUAGAAGUUUACAGAUGGUACAAAAAUCUACAGACACAUUUAACCAAAUAUCAGAGAAGGGGAAUUGCAUAUGUUCAAGCCUGUAUAUAUACUCUACAAUGGAUAAAUGAUAAAUUCUUAUUAGCGCACUCCAUUGUUAUUUUGGAUUUACUUGAAGUUGGUAAAAGAACAACUUAAAUGAAUCAUUAAAAGCUCCAACUUUAUUUGACAUUGAUGCACACGGUGAAUGAAUGUAUGUAAACUUCAGACCACAACUGUCUAUAACUAGCCACAGAUCAGAGAGCAGUUCUGAUAUCUGAUACCUUCUGUCUCACUGAACACUGUUAACUUUGACGCUGAUAAAUGUUUUCAAUCAACAUGGAAAAUUGUAAAAGUUUUGUCUUUAAUUUUGUCAAAGAAAUAAAACUGGGAUUUUCACAAAA